UGUUUUCCGCUGUUUUAACUGACAUGUGUCCUUCUUCUCCGCAGGGGAUGUGCUUUUCCAGAUGGCCGAGGUUCACCGGCAGAUUCAAGUGCAGUUAGAGGAUAUGUUGAAAUGUUUCCACAAUGAGCUGCUGUCGGAGCUGGAAAAGAAGGUGGAUUUGGAUGCAAGAUACUUGACUGCGGCUCUUAAGAAGUACCAGAUUGAGCACAAAAGCAAAGGCGAGAGUCUGGAGAAAUGCCAGGGUGAGCUGAAGAAACUGAGGAGGAAGAGCCAGGGCAGCAAAAACCCCUCCAAGUACGGCGAGAAGGAGUUGCAGUACGUUGAGGCCAUCAGCAGUAAACAGAGUGAGCUGGAUACCUUCAUUGCAGAGGGCUACAAAACAGCACUUUCAGAGGAACGUAGGAGAUACUGUUUCCUGGUGGAUCGCCAAUGUGCUGUAGCCAAGAACAGCAGCGCCUACCAUGGCAAGGGUAAGGACUUGUUAACCCAAAAGAUCCCGGUGUGGCAGCAGGCCUGUUCAGACCCCAACAAGCUGCCGGACAGGGCCAUGAUGCUCACCCAGCAGAUGACCUCUGGAUCGAGCACCCUCCUCUCCAGCCCUCUGCACUCAUCCAAGGGCAACCUGGUCAUCUCUGAUCCCAUUCCUGGAGCACAACCGCUGCCCGUGCCCCCCGAACUAGCUGCCUUCAUGGGAGGUGGCCUGGGCCAGGGGAGGCUAAUGGGUCCUGAUGGCAUGUCUCUGGUUAAUGGGACAACGGGGGUCCAUGGAGAUGAUUACUGGACAGACGGAGUGUCUCAGGGAAGACCACCUUCCCCACAAAAUCCAUCUCAAACACAGAGCCAGCCCCAGAGACAGGUCAGCGACGUCUAUUCCAACACCCUGCCUGUCCGCAGGCCUCAGCCUGCUAAAAACAAGACCACUGUGGGAGAGACACGAACUUUGCCCAGGUCAAGUUCUAUGGCGGCUGGUCUGGAGAAGAACGGACGCUCUCGCGUACAGGCCAUUUUCUCCCACGCCGCAGGCGACAACAGCACCCUCCUCAGCUUCACCGAGGGCGACAUCAUCACCCUUCUGGUGCCAGAGGCUCGGGACGGCUGGCACUAUGGAGAGAAUGAGAAAAACAAGAUGCGUGGCUGGUUUCCUUUUUCUUACACCCGAGUGCUGCCUGACAGUGAUGGUGAGAAGUUAAGAGUCAAUCUUCACCAUGGGAAGAGCAGCAGCACAGGAAACCUGCUGGAGCGGGAGGACAUGUCCUUGCCCAUGCCUGACUAUGGUUUGACUGCCCGACUGUUGGCACAGAGCCUUACACAGAGCCGACAGCGUCCCUACAGCAUGGCAGGCUUUGCACAGCCAGCGCUAGAGGAUUAUGACAGUCAGUUUGCCACAAGGUCAGGAUCAGAGCUGUUCAUCUGUGUGCCCUCGGCCCAUCAUCUGUAGGAGCCUCUAGAUGAAUCCAUACAAUAAAUGAUUCAGGUUCAAAACUGUAGGCCUAGAGGCAGCAGGAUACAGUUUUAUAUCAUCCCUCAGUUAAAAAAAAAGUGCAGUGUGUAGUAAUGCAUUUACAAUAAAUAUGUGUUUAUUAGAAAGGUUUGAAAUUAGAAUUGUGGAGCUUCAUUCAAAGUUAAUUUAUACUUUUUUAUAUAAAAAUUUUUUAUACUUAAGGUUGAAUAAAUAUUACUUUGUUUUAACAUAUAAAAACAAAGGACUGCGGUUUAAAGUGUGUAAACUAGUUAUACAGUAUUUAUGUCUAUUAAUCUGAAAAUUUCUUUAAAACCCAGGCCAACCACGAUGCUCAGUAGAUGAACUUUGCCUUUAGUUUAACAUGUAUAUUACACUUUGACACUUUUUGGGUUAAAAAUACUCAAAUUAAUACUGUACCCGUGGCUUGUGAUGAUAUAUUAUGAUGCAAACCUUUGGUCUGUGCAAGAAAUUGAACAUUAUUUUUAACAUUAUUAAUCCACAACCUCAGGAAAAGAGGAUGAUUCUUUUCUGCCAAUAUGUUUUUGGUUUAAAAUGACAGAUUUUUACCUAAUCAUACAAUGAUAAUCACACAAUACUAAAGUUACACCCAAUAGUGGGAUGAAACAUGGAAAUGUUCUUCAACUUACCUUUUCACAUAAACCUUGAGAAAUUAUUUACAUGUUUUAUUUAGCCCCUUAAUUCAAGUAAUAAGUUCAUACAUGAACUUAUUACCAGCUCAUCAUGAAUGAAUGAAUUAGAAAAAAAAACUGCAUCAUUAUACAUGCACGAUGGCAUGUUGGCACGUUUUGAGUCUUUCUUGCAUCCUAAAGUGAGUUCUGAGUAAAUUUGUGCCACAAAAAGUUUCAGCCAGUUCAGUUUAGUUUAGAAAACUGGUUGAAAAGGAUGAUUUGGUUGCAAACUGGAUGUCACUCUGGACUAUUUGCCUGUGGAUUAAACAAACAGUAAUAAUGCUUUAAAAAUGUUCAGUCUCUUGCACUGACCUAUCGUUUUGCUUCAUAACAUUCUCAGUAUAUCAUCAUGAGCCUGGAUAUGACUCUCAACAUGCUACUGACCAGCUAAAGUGGGUGAAUUAUCUCUUUAAUGUAUAAUGUUUCACGGUCAUAUAUUUUUAAAAUGACAUUGACAUUGUCUAAAUGACAUUGUAAGCACUUUACUGUAAACAAGAUCUGAAAAAAUUAAGUCAAAAUAUUGCAAGUUUAAUUUAGCUAUAUAUUUUUGGAAGAUGAAGUAACUUUAAGAUUGAACUGGACCUGACCUUUUAGCCAAUAUGAAUUCCCAGUCAAUAUGUUGUCAGUCAUUUGUAGUUUGACAGGUUGAAGUGUAAGCCCUGCCCCUUCCCACCUUCAUCCCCGCCCAUUUGUGGCUGUCUUGUCUUUUCUUCAUUUCUCUCUGAAUGUGUCCGACCUGGCAAGCUUCCUUCUCUCUUUGUUUCACAGUUCCGAUGGCAAAUUGAUUUCGACAGUGUGAACACAGACAGACUAUCAGACACAGAUCCGGAUAGCACAGGGGCCACGCCCCUUCUUCCCUUAGCCCCUCCCCCCUUAAGCUCUGCCUCCACACACUCCUCCUCCAAUGGAAGGGGCCAGUCUCAUCCCUCCUUUCUGUCCUCUCUUCCUCCCUGCGUCUUGCUGGGGCGAUAGUGGCGGUCGCGUGUGGUGGGUCGGGGGGGAACUCUGAGAAGAACGACCCGAACGCAGUCCAACUGCUCGCCUCGCUGCUUUACGGACUCUGAUUCGCCUGUAGUGACGCCGCUAUGACAUCGCUGUGGACUCCAAAGAGACUGCUUACCACUUCCCGUCUUUCAUGCAUGAGCACAAGUUCUGCUAUGUGGUUGUUUUUUAAAAAAAAGAUGACAUCUCAUGUAAAAGUGCCAAAAGAGAAGCAAAUUUGGUCUUUUGGAGCAGCAUCUCCUCAUUCCGAAGCUCUUGCUGAGUGUGUGUGUGUUUUUCUAAGCAGAUGUGAUGGGAGCCUCAUGCCAAAAUGAGGAAUGUUCUGUUUUUUUAUUCUUAUCUGUGGUUUAGUUGUGCAGAGUAUACUUUCUCUCUGUGUGAGCCUUUCCGUUUUGUGAAUCCCUCAUGUAUUACCUGGUGCUCCUCUGGUCCAGAGGCUGUGUCGCUUUGUGCCACUAACAAACAGCAGCAGCAGCUUAGAUUUUCCUCAUAUUUGCAGACGCAAUUGUAACAAUUGGAAGGAAAAUCACUAUUUUCACUCAAUAAACAAGUGCCAAAUGAGAGCCGACCUUCCAAAGUAAAGUGAAGGUCGCAUGAGCUUCAAACACUCGGGUGGGACGGUGCUGUUCACCUGACUGGCACACGUCCAUCACCCUACAUGCAUGAAAGAAAAGUGCUCGGAGCAGAAACCUUUUCCCACUCCCCCCUCCAAAAAAUCCCAUUAUCCUGCCUCAGACACCUUAAAAUAUGGGAUCAGAAUAGUAUUAAAAUCAAUAUUUCGACUGUGAUUCACAAAUGUGUGACUUUAUUCACAAAACGAGCUGUGUCAAAAAAAUCUUAGAGAUAUUCACAUUGCGCUUAAUCACAGUUUACUGUUGUUCUUUUAACUCAAGUGAAGAAACAUUUAUGUACUUGUCAUUUAGAAGUGGAGUUAGGACUUAAUUGUACCUGUUUUAGCAUUUGACGAGAAUCUGAUGUAAAAUAGCAGCAGAAAACAGUGGAAUAAAAAAAUGAGCUUUAAGGCUUGUAAACAAAGAAGAGACAUUUGUACCAUUAAUGGAUAUAGUUUUAAAGGAUAUAGUUUUAAAUAUUAUUCUUAAUAUGAGACAACAGCACAGUUUUAGAUACAAUAUACAAUAUAGUGAAACACUACAUAGUUAGAGUCACUUUCAGCUUUGAUUCAAAAACACAGAUAGACCAUCAUAAUUAAAUCAAAUAUAAAGAGCAACAAUUUGUUGUACCUUCAAAAUAAAUGAUGAUUAGGAAUGAUAGAGAUUCCAUUGUUAUUCCAGAAAUGUCCUUUUAUUAUGAGAUUUAUUUUUAUAAUCUUUUUGGACUUUGGAAUUUGAAUUACCAUCUAGUUCACCCCUCGAUUCCCAUUUAAGAGGAAGAAGGCCAUGUUAAGUUAGAGAUUUUGGCACAUUUUGAACUAUGGCAAAGACGAAAAUGUCUGUAUCAUUUACCAUUGGACAGCCUGAAAUGCUAACUUGGACACUUAAAGCACAUUUUAGCCAUAACAGGUUUUAGUCUCUUUCCCUGCAUACUGCCAAAGAGGCAGAAUUAGCCAUUAAGCAGUUUAGGCUAAUGAUUUCAGACUUACAAGGUGCACUAUGCAGUUUCUAAUACAUAAAAUUACCUUAACUAUUCAGCAUUAGUAUCGAUGUUUUCUCUUUUCUCUUUAAAAAAUAAAAAUAAAUAAAUACACCAACUUGAUUCACUCUUAGGUGUGUUUAAAAAUAGCAUGUUGAGGUCAACAACUGGUUAGAGCCUUGUAAAUAAGCAAGAACAGCACAAUUUGACCCCGAUAUAACUUGAAUUCUCCUCAUGACUUGGAAAAAUGAAUGAAUAACUAAACCUAUUUUUCUAUUUGUCCCCAAUUACAAAGCGCACAGCAGCAGUAGGUCAUGUACAUCUACUUUAAUUACUUUAAAAUGCUGCACAUGUGCUUGGCAUAAUAGAUUCUCAACAUUUGCUAGUGUGGACCAAAUAUUCCUAAUGUUCUUGUGUGACUGGGCCUUAAUCAAGAUAAGUGUUUUAUUAUUUGCUAACACUUUACUUUUAGUACCAAUUCCCACUAUUGAUUAGUGGCGUAUUAUCUGCUCAUUAUUAAGAUAUUGGAUGCUUUAUUAGUACUUAUAAAGUAUGUUAUUCUACACCCCCUAGUCCUACUCAAUACCUAAACCCAACUACUACUUUACUAACUAUUAAUAAGCAACACAUUGGUAUCGGGCUGCACAAUAUUGGAAAUAUCUGAUAUUGUGAUAUUUUAUUUUGCUGCGAUUUGUAUUGCGAUAUGAAUAUAAUUUCAGCAGAUGACUUGAAUAGAUCUAUCUGGAAUAAAAUAAGUAACUUUGAUUGGAAUAAUCUUGUAGAUGAGUGAAUCAAAGAAAAUUCUAAGAAUAUACAAGAUAAAAGUGAAAUAAGUAGUCAGGUAUUCAGGUACAGUAAUACAAUACGAUAUUAUCAUGAUAUUUUCCCCCCGAUAAUGAUAGAUCAUGAUCAUAUAUCACAAGAAAAAAAACAUCUGCAAUAUAUACCUCAUGCAUAUCGCUAUUUUGUCCUGCUCCUAUUAUUGAAUAAUUAAAUGUAAUGUAAACACUGUACAUUCUUCAUUGCUGAUCAACAAUAAUUCCAACUCCACAUUGCAGAUGCUGCGAUGUGACUAUUGCGAAUGCACAUAUUGCGAUAUCGAUGUUGAAACGAUUUAUUGUGCAGCCCUACAUUAGUAUUUUAUUGAGCUAAAAGUCUUAGUUAAUGGUUUGUUAAUAGCAAGAAUUGUACCUUAAAAUAAAGUGUAACCAUUCAUUUGAUUAACAAGUACAUGCCCUUGAGUCAGUGUAGUGAGAGUUUAUUAUGAUAUGUUUGUUUUAUUUAGUGAAUAUUAAUUACAGUAGGUUACACAUUCAUGCAUCACAUUGGCCGAAAUAUUCAUUUUAGCCUAUUCUGAGUCCAUAUCGAAGCGCCACCAGCCCAUGUCUCUUAAAAACAUUCCCAUUGUAGUAUGUUUCCAUGCAGUUUUAGGAUGAUGACUGACAGAUCCUCUGGAGCUGUGGUGUGGUCCUCGCUGUGUUGCUGUUCUUUUUGUUUCUUCUUUUCUUUUCUUUUUUCUUUUCUUAGUUUUUUCCUUGGGAAAUAGACAAACUAGGAAAAAUGCACAAGAAAUCGGUGUAACAAUCACAUUAUGCAUGCUGAGGAGGAACAUAGUGAACAUUGACCUUGAAUGUAUGGUGACUUUUUACGAAUAAAAGAAUAAAUAAAUAUCUAUAUAUUAAUAAAACAUUUGUUCAAAUGAGCUUUUGAUGAUUUUUAAUUUGUCAUCUUUCAAUUUGCACUUCAUUGAAAGCUGCACCCACAGUACAACUCGGCAGAAAAGACCAUUAUUGUAAUUUUUUAAAGAGUUUAUUUUCUAAAUUAUUUCUAUAUAUUUAUUAUUUUUAAUUUUAUACAGGAUAUUUAUUAAAAAGGAACAUCCCACUUAAAAAUAGGCCCGUUUUACAACUCUCCUAGAGUUAAAUAGUUGAGUUUUGCCAUUAUUAAAUCUAUUCAGCCAAUAUUCAGGUCUGACAGGAGCACUUUUAGCUCAGAUUAGUUUAGCUUAGCAUAGAUGAUUGAAUUGAAUUAGACCAUUAACAUCUUGCCCAAAAAAUAGGUUUUGAUAAUUUUCCUAUUUAAAACUUGACUAUUCUGUAGUUACUGUGUACAAAGACUAAGUGUUCACGUCGCUUAUAUUGACAAAACAAGAUUUUUAGGCUGUAUGUAAUAUCAUUGCACCUGCUACAGCCAUGGCACGGCAGCAAAGUUUCUUGUUUGUUACUCUGAAUAUAAGAAUAUAACUAAAUAAGAAUAUAAUUCCUAUUGAUAUUAACCUAGAAAAUAGCAACCUUUCAUUUCUCUUCCAUGGCUCUUUAUACACAAUAUACAUAUAGAAGAUAUGAUAUAUGAUAGUAAAGUUAUUGAAAUCAUUUUUGAGGGAGAUGCUAAUGGUCUAAUCUGAUUCAAUGGUUUAUGCUAAGCUAAGCUAAACAUGCUCUUACUAGACAUGGAGAUCAUGUGAAUGGAUUUUAAAAAUGGUAAAUCUCAACUGUUAAACUCUAUUGAAAAUACGAGCCUAUUUCCCUCCACAAAAGUGUGGUGUUCUUUUAACAAACCAAAACAAGUAGCUUAAACUAUUUCAGGCCAUUUGUUAAAUAAAGUAAUCAUUCAGUUCUUUGACUUUCUCACUUGCACCCACAUGCUGUACCAGCAAGAUGAGUUUAUCCACAAUUAAACUAAAGUUGCCUUUCUUUGAAAGCAACUAUUGACCAACAUUUCAUGAACCUGAAGAGCACACAGUCCUAGCGUAUACAGUUUGUGUGUUUGUGCAUCAUAACGUUGCGUCUGUAUGAAUCUGUGACCUGUCUGUGUUUCUGUGGCUGUGCUUGCCUGCUCGCCUUGGUUUCUUCUAUUGUAUUUUAGUUCUUAAGAUCUGAUCUAUAUAAGACGUGUAGUUUUCCAAGCAUGCUUUUUUAGUUGAAUAACUGUGAAGGGAUUUGAUAUUUAAAUGUGCUCUUCAAGAGUUCAUCGUUCUUCAUACACAUCUCUCUUUACUAAUCGAACCUCCAAAGCAAACUGCUAUGGGCAGACCUUUCAUUUUGUUUGCACUAUAUUUUAAACCCAUGUCAUUCUCUAGAAGUCAGUUAUUUGCUCAUCUACGAACUGUGACGUCAUCCAUGACCAGUCGCCAAAAGCGCCAGUAACCUACAGUACGGCCAUCGUACGCAACACUAACAAGUCAUGUGAAUGCGGUGGAAAUGUAGCCAUGCAUAGCCUCGGUCUCAGGUACAAACCCCUGGACUCUCUUUACCUUCCAGUUUGGGUCCUGAAUUGUCCCGGUUCUGAGUGUUACAGGACCUCCGUAAGUCACCUGCCUCCAUCGCUGCUCAGCCAAAACCAGUCAUGGCUUUUUUAUUAUUAUUUUUCUUUUGUUUUCUUUUUGGUUUCUGAUUCUCAUUCGCUUCUCGGCUUAAACUGGGCGACAGUUUUGUCUCAUGCCGCCACCUGCCUCUCCGGUUGGUUCUUGGCUUUGUGUGUGCGUGUGUGUAUGUGUGUUUUAGGGCUGUGCAAUAUGGCCAUAUAUAUUGUAUGGACAAAAUAAAAAGUCUAUGGUUUUAUAUUACGCUCUAUAUGGUGUCACAAAAUACUUUUUUCAUAAUUUGUAUGAGUGCUAUAUUGCAUGUCAUUACAGGGAUAUAUUUAUAUUAGUUUAUUGUUAUUUUUUAUAUUGUUGUAAUAUCUAUUUCAAUUCCAUGCAUUUUUAAUAAAAAAGUUCAGGUGAGGGUUAUUAGUAUUUUAUUAGAUACAAAUGAAUAAUUUGAGAACAGAGCUCUGGGUUAAGUUACCCCAGUUCAAUACAAGAAUUACUUUCAGGAGGUUCGCAACUAACUUACAUUUCCCUGACUCCAAAAUAUAUACACAACUGAUAUUAUCAGGUGCAGUUUUGGUGUAAUGUCACUUAUCAGUCAUUCUGCAAUCCUUUGGCUGUUGCACCCAAACAUACUUCCUCUUUCUGCAACCCUUCUCUGCAUACCAUAACUGAACAGUUAAGUGCAUCUUCAAUAUAUUUUACAACUUCUACAAGCAUCCAGCUCCGUGUGACAUGUCUAGACUUCUUGUUAGACAGAAGUCUGGAGCAAGACCUCCUGCACUAUAUUUAUUAUUAUUCUGCUAUUUCCCUCUUGUCAGCAGUUCUUUCUAAGAAAUAUGCAACACUGUAAGAAAUAAGUAUGUUUGGUUAAUAUAUGGUAUCAUACAAAGGAAAAAGAUUGAUUAAUCUGUUGUAAGUCUAUUUUGUUUCUAAUAAAAAAUAAAGACACAAAAGUAAUAAAAAUGUAUUUAUUUUCCCCACAAUAUGCAUAGAUGUUAUAUUUUAUAUUAUACAUUACACUGAAAGUAAACUGUCAAAUGUAAACAAAGAAAAAGUCCUUUACAUUAAAUAUAAAUUAUUAAUUGAUUGAAUAUAUAGAAAUAGUUCUCUGUUGAAUGUAUGUAUGUAUCGUAAAUGAUAUUAUAUUGAUCGCAUAUAAGAGCAAUAUCACAUUCGUAGCAGUACAAUAUGGCUGUAUAUCAACACUACUGGAAACCGUGCGUUGGCUCGAGGCUACAGACUAAGUGCCUUAGUGUCCAUGCAGAGCCCAUAUGUAGCCAUAUUGCACUGCUACGAGUUUGAUGUUACAUUCAUACAACAGUUCGGCAUAAUCAUGUAUAUAAAGUAAAUCAAAUAUGUAGAGUCUCAAAAAUAAUUUUGUAUGAGGAACUACUUUUUCUGCCAACUGCAACUGAGCGUCAGAACGGCAGAAAUCGUUGCUAAUUCACAAACCUCACUUUAGAACUUGUAUUUGAAUGAUUCUCUAGCGUACUGUCUAAAGUUAUGACAAAACAGGUGAUUUUUGCUCGCAUUGUAAGAUUAUAAGGCUAAACAGUAUGAAAUGCCGUCAGUCUACAGAGAUUUCCUGGUAAUUCUCUGUUGCAAUCUGGAUUUCACAAUAAUUAACCACAAAAAAGCCAAAGCAAAGCAAACACUACCAGAUUACUAUGGUAUAAAUACAGCACUACAAAAUACAAAAGAGAGCGAGAUCAACUUAGAAUGUCACUUAGCUGUGCUAUAAUGAUUUGUUUAGCAGUUGUUUGAAAUUUACGCUGAAAAAAUGCUGUUUUUCCUUACUUAAGGACUUGUUAUGCUGUCACUGUCGUCAUCUUGUGGUGGAACGUCAACAUAAUGUGUAUAUAUAUAUCGGGAUCAGUAUAUCAGAUGACUUAUAUUGCGAUAUGGGAUUUUUGUCAUAUCGCCCAGCCCUAAUGUGUGUUUGUGUGUGUGUGAGAGAGCUGUAGUACAUACCAACCCGAGAGGUCAUAGGUUGCCAGGAAAUGGUGUUGGCGCUGGAGGUAACCACCCGAAUCUAACUCUUGCAUGCUUCUUUCAAUGCUGACAGAAGUAACAGUGUCUUGUUUUCCAUUUGCAUGCCUUUGCUCCAAACACCCUUCAUAGACUCCUGUUCAUAAGUACAUGUCAAAUUGAACCACAGUAUGACUCCUCAACUCAGAGUGCAGUAGAGUUGUAAGUUGCUUAUUUUCAGUGGGUCACCAGCAAAGCCUGCAUUUAGGGCAUACUGACCGUGUUUGUUCUUCCACCUCCUCUCCCAUCUAGUGACCGUGCCCUGGAGCUCUACCUCAGGCCGAGCCUCAUGGACGACCGCUCCGCUCCUCUCUACUACUAGAGCGGCCGGCUGCGCUGUGGCCUGUGCGCUUUGUCGCCCUCUUCUGUUCUGUCUGUGUCAUUGCAAGGAAGCAGAGCACAUGCAUUUACCCAAGGGCACGGAGCUUGUCGUGUCUUGAAAUAAAAAAAAAGGAUUAGAUAAUUCUGUAGCUACAUGAUUAUCGGUAUUUGUAACCACCAAUUCACAUAGUUCAGAUUUUUUUUUGUUUUUGUUCUCAACCGAACUAAUGAUGAUAAUGAUCUUGAUGGGAGGUAUUUGGAAAAAAGUAUGUGUGAUUGUUUAAUAUGAGAUCCUUUAUUCAGAACGAAUGUGAAAAUGUAAGAGUAAGUAUUUUCCAAGAUGUUAUUUCUAUAUGUAAACAGUUUGUAAGUAAAAGCCUCUAAGUGCUGUCUGAAAUCUCCUUCUAAGAAAAAAAUAUAAUUUUUCUGAGACUUCUAUGUUUGUUUUUUCACUUUAAAUAGAAACAAAAGAACCUGUUAUUUUCCAUAAAAGUGAAUUUCCUGACCAACACACAGGAGGCUGAGAAAAAUGCUGAUUUCAGAUGGCAUUUAGAGACUUUUGCAUAUAAACUCUUUGAAUGCAGUUCUAUAGGGAAGCCUUUCUUUUUGUGUGUCGGUUUUCUGCCGAUGAAGCCUCUUUUCGCAAGGGUUUUUGAUACUGUGGUCGCUCUGUAUUUAACUGACCGCUGUGCUUUGCUCAAGUUAUAGCUUAUUCUCUGUUUACACAGAGUCUGUACAGUAUAGAUGCAAUAUAUAGUCAUGCGAACAGCACUGACGCAGGAUCUGUGCCUUUUCCUGUUGUUUUGUGCUUUGAAUAUCCGCAUCUUCACUGGUGUAAGUAAAGGGAUUGCUUUUAUGUGAUAUUUUGUUUCUUCUUUUAUUUUUUUUACUAUCAUUUGAUUUUAUUGUUUGCUUUAAUUUUAGAAAUUUUAAUGACUGUUAUAGAUAUUAAAUGGGUUUAUUUGUCACUUGCUGCUUUUGCUUUUCGCAAUCUGAGCAAUACUGCUUAUUAAAUAUGAACAGUAGAUUUGCUGAAUAAUAGUGAGCAUAUUAAAAUGGCCAAUUGUGUACAUAUAUCGUUGGUUUUGUUUUCUGCUUUAAGGACUGAAUUGUUUGGGAGCAGUCAUCUUUGUGUUUGUGUAUCUGAAAUGACUUUGUUACAGGACAUACAAAAAUCAGGUAGUUUAGACGCUGAUAUGGAUUGCAUGUUUUAUAAUAGGGCGCCUUUUAUGGAUUGUGUGAGGAUGAUGGUGGGAAUGUUGUGUGAUUCUUUGAGGGAGCGAGCUUCAAAAACCCAUUUUAUAUAAUGUUUUUGUUUUUUGGCUUUUCUGUUUAUUCUUAUUUAUGGAGAACUGCAAAUGUAUGUGCACAUUCUUGUCUUUUCUGAAAUAAAAAAGGAAAUGUAAAAAAAAAAACUAUAUGAUCACUAACACACAGUAGAGUCCAAAUGACAGAACUCACAGGAGAUCUGAUGUGUAUUUUUGUGUUUCAACUAAAGAUCAAGUCACUUUUUUGGGUCAAAUCAUGCUGUAUUAUGGGAUAAUUUUUUCAACACUGCAUUUGCAGUAAAAUAAAAAUUAUUGGAGUUUGUUACAAGAAAGUCAACAAUAUGUUACUGUUACUUGCUGAUCGUUUGUAACCAUUUGCUAUUUCGUGAAUACUAGUGAAAAUGGUAUUCAACAACAGAUCAUUUACCAAAUGUGACGACACAUAGAUAUUCAUAUUAUGUUUAAACUAAAUUAAAAUUGAAAUUAUUACAUAUUGUUAAUGGUUCAAAUACAAAAGGGAUUUUUGAAUGUCAAAACAAUAAAAUUGUAAUAGAUUUAUUAUUUUCUUCCUGUAUAGAAUGUGUCCUGUUAUUAUUUUUGCUAACAAUUUAAGUAAUAAAUAGUUUGUUGUCUUUUGUA